AAUAUGUUCUUCUGCUCCAUAUGUAUAUAUUUCCUUUGGCAUAUGGUGUCACUCUCAAUCUUUUGCUAAUUAUAGCAGGAUUGACUUAAGUAGUAUGGGAUGAUCCAAUGGCCCAGCUAUUUAACUAAGUCUAUGACCUUCCACCAGAACGCUACAUUGUUUAAAUUGUGAUUCAACAACCAGUGCAAUUAUAGUGGUGCCCCAAUGCAGAUGACUUCAGUAUUCAAUAUUUAAGGGAGCAGUGGAUACAGUUUGUAAUAUUCUGAUCACAAUUCUCAAGAGACCAAUUCUCAAACAGAAUUUUGCUCCCUACUUUAAGUCCAAAAGCUUCACCCACCCCCAUGCCUUUAUCUUUAAGCUUAGAAGCCUAUAAUUGGAUUUCUUAGGUCAGGUGAUGGCAGGAAACCUUUCAGCACAUGAACUUCAUCUAAGAGUGUUCAGAAAAAGACAGAGAAGAGAACGAGGAGCAAGAAGUAACCAUAGAGGGACUGAAAGUUGAGGAAGACUCCAGGCAGAGCAAAGAACAUCUCCACGUAUGAGACUGUCUGAACAAAGAGUAGUAAGAAACCCAAAAAAGGAAUGGAGAGAAGACAGUGACAGACAAGAAGCCGUCCAAGAGUUGUAUACAAACUAUAAGAUUGUGGCAAAGCCCAAAUCUGGAUAAUUGGAAGUACAGUAACAAGUAAGAAUCUUAAUGCAGAACAAUUACAUGUGAGUGAGACCCCAAUAUUAUCUGCAAAGAACAUAGGGGACACAAGCCCCCCCAGGUACAGUGGACAGAUUGCAAGACAUCUCUCACAAGGUGGAGGGCACCGAGGUACAAGACGGGAGGACGCAGACACCUGUAUUACAGGCGCUGGAGGAGUCUGGGACGCUUGACAUAGAAGGUGGGGAGACAGAGAUGGGCAGUGGAGCAAGUGCAGAAGACAAGGAGUUGGCAAAAAGAUCCAAGGAACUAGAGAAAAAACUGCAGGAGGAUGCAGCAAAAGAUGCCAAGACUGUUAAACUGUUGCUGCUUGGUGCUGGAGAGUCUGGAAAGAGCACAAUUGUCAAGCAGAUGAAGAUUAUACACCAAAAUGGAUACUCGGAGGAAGAAUGCAUUGAGUUUAAGUCCAUCAUCUAUGGCAAUGUGUUACAGUCAAUCCUGUCCAUUGUUCGUGCUAUGACCACCCUUGGUAUUGACUAUGGCGACCCAAGCAAAGCGGAUGAUGGCCGCCUACUUUCCCACUUGGCAGACUCCAUUGAGGAAGGCACAAUGCCUCCAGAACUUGUGGAUGUGAUCAAGAGACUCUGGAAAGAUGAUGGGGUGCAGGCAUCCUUUGACAGAGCAGCAGAAUACCAACUCAAUGACUCUGCUUCAUAUUAUCUUAACGAGUUGGACAGGAUCACAGCAACUGAAUACAUCCCAAACGAGCAAGACGUCCUUCGGUCCCGUGUGAAAACCACAGGAAUCAUAGAGUCACAGUUCUCUUUUAAAGAUCUUCACUUCAGGAUGUUUGACGUGGGAGGACAGAGGUCAGAGCGUAAGAAAUGGAUUCACUGUUUUGAAGGGGUGACCUGUAUCAUAUUCUGUGGAGCGCUAAGUGCAUAUGACAUGGUUCUGGUGGAAGACGAAGAAGUGAACCGGAUGCACGAAUCUCUCCAUCUCUUCAACAGCAUUUGCAAUCAUAAGUUCUUUGCAGCAACAUCAAUAGUCCUUUUCCUGAACAAAAAAGAUCUUUUUGAAGAGAAAAUCAAGAAAGUUCAUCUAAGUAUCUGUUUCCCAGACUAUGAUGGCCCCAACACAUUUGAAGAUGCAGGAAAUUAUAUCAAGUUGCAGUUUCUUGAUUUAAAUAUGAGAAAAGAGUCCAAGGAGAUUUAUGGUCACAUGACUUGUGCCACAGACACAAAGAAUGUCAAGUUUGUGUUCGAUGCGGUGACAGAUAUCAUCAUCAAGGAGACACUGAAAGAUUGUGGACUUUUUUGAAUUUCACUAUAAUAUAUAUAUAUAUAUAUAUAUAUAUAUAUAUAUAUAUAUAUAUAUAUAUAUGUGUGUAUUUUUUUUUUUUAACAAUUACUCCCAAAUACUUGCAGAAAAAUGCUCCUUUUCUAACCUAGGAUCCUAACCCCAAAGGUCUGGCACAUUAGGGGUGCAAAGAAUGCUGAACAGAUAAAGAAAACGUCAUUCCAAGGUGGUAUAUUUUGUAUAAGCAUUUAUAUAUUAAACAACUUGUAGCUGAGCGUGUGUUUGGACAAAACAGUUAGUAGACAGUAUUACCUUCAAUAAUCCCACAAAAUGGCUACAUUUAUUCUGUACAUAUCAUUACUUCCUGCAAGAUGAAAAGAAGAACUUGUAAUGAAGCGCUAGGAUCACAAGCAGCAUCUCUGUGGGGAAGUACAUUAGGCACUAUGGCAUUUUCCUGCUCUCCGUGCAUCAUGGGCACACACAACCUAAACUGAAAUUGGAUUACUGUAUGUGCAGAAAAGUAACAGUGAUGCCUAGCACAAAGGCAGACAGAACACAAGGAACUGGUAGUGCCUCAGUGUACAAAAGUACUGUAGGAGAGUGGAUAUAAAUAAAAACAAAUACAAUA